CUGUAUUAAUGUACUAUUUUGUGUUUAAUUAUUCAAAAUCAAAGUAAACAAUGUUAUUUUAACUAUUCUGUAAUAUCUAUCACUUAAAACAAUUUUAUUAAAAUAAGGUAUUAUCAGUCCUAUAGAGCAUUGUUCAGCAAUAUGAUGGGGCAAGUUCUUCACAACAACGUUUCAUUGGAAGUAGGUUCACAUGAUAAUAUUUUAAAUAAAUCAAUGCGUCGUGAAUAUUAUGCAGAAACCGUCGAACGGAAGCGAAAGGCACAGCAUGCGAUUGUGACCAAAAAUUAUUGUUUGGCUAAGAAGAAUUACCAAGAGUUUAAGAGGCAAACUAAACUAAUAACAAAAAUUAAUAAAAAACAAGUAACGGGACCUCAAUGGUUUCAGGAAUUAUCUGAACAACAGGUUAGAUAUAUUAUUAAACUUUUAAUGUCUCUAACACUUAAAUGUACUAUUUACCUCGAUUCCAUAGAUUAUUCUAAAAAAAUAGAACAGAAAAAUUCCAAUUAUAAAUAUGAAAAAAUAUUAUUGGUACUGUAACACAU